AUGCCCUACCCGCGCUGCCAUUCACGGCCGCAGCUGUCAAUCACCGGGUCCCGGCCAGUGAUUACCGGCCAGCAGCCGGUGAUUACCGAGGAUCUCCGACGGGGAGGAGGGCUGCUUUGUUUACUAACAGUCCUCCUCCCUGUAGGCUCGGGCAUACUGCUCUGGAUGGCUAGCAGUGUGCUUACAGUGAAAUACCAACACACCGCCGCCCCAGUGAAACACUCUCAGCACACAGUUAACCCUUUGAUCGCCCCUCAUGUUAACCCCUUCCUGCCCAGUGCCAUUAGUAUAGUGUCAGUGCUUUUUUUUAGCACUGAUCACUGUAUUGGUGUCACUGGAGAUGUCAGUGACACCAAGUCAGUUCUACCCAGUGUCAGAAUGCCCACCGCAGUCCCGCUAUAAGUCGUUG